UGCACAACAUUGUUCCUUGUUUCCAACAUGUCAUCACCACAGAGAGAAGGCUUCACCGCCCCCUCGUCCAUAUCACACGCUGCCCAAGGGUAUGUUGCCUCCAAGUCCUUGGGGGUUAAGUACUACUGUGCCCAGUGUGGGUCCUCAUUUUCCUUGAACAAGAGUGAUGCCAUCAGAUGUAAAGACUGUGGGCACAGAGUUAUUUAUAAGGCCAGAACCAGAAAAAUGGUACAAUUUGAGGCGAGAUGAUUACUGGUGCUCCCUACAAGCACCUCCGGUGUAACUUUGCACCUUUCCAUGUAUAAUAGUAAUAUAUAUUAGUGUUA